CUCCCCGACGAGCACGCACGAGUGGCCAUCAGGCCAGAAAUGCUGUCACUGCGCACCGGAGAGCGCAGGUUGUACGUGCCGCUUCGGCGUAAGCGGGCUGCCAUCGAGUCCUUCGCCGGACCUGGGGUGUCGCCGGCCAACUGCACCUUCGAAGGCGCCGUCUACGAACAGGGUGUCAGCGGUACGGGCAGGGCGGUGGUGAUUGCGUGUCCCGGCGACAAGGAAGUGCACGCCAUGAUUAUCACGGCUCAGGGUGAAGCGAUCUCGGUGGCCCCCAACCGGAACCGCAGUGGGGGUGUCGCCGACAGAAGCGAAGACGAAGGAAGACACGUGGUGCGCCGCGUACCUUCAACGUCCAAGUUGCUGACCUCUUGGAGCAAGCUGUCCACCAGAAGACGCAGAGCUACUGCGUCCAAUCGUCGUGCCAUCGAGCUGGCAGUCUUCGUGGAUGCCGCUCUCAGGAACAGAAGUCCCAACGAGAACGAGCUGCACAAGCGGCUAAUAGCCAUGCUGGAACAGAUCCAGCUUAUUCUGGAGUACAGGUCACUUGGAAUACCGAUCGGGCUGGAUAUCGUCCACCUUGAAGUCCUCGACUCGAGGUCUGGUCCCAGCACUGCCGGUGGUGAGAUCGACGACUACUUAGACAACUUCUGCACGUGGCAGUGCAGGCGAAACAAGGAAGCGGCCAGCCAAGGACGUGGACAGUGGGACCACGCGAUACUGAUGUCCGGACUCGACCUACACAGUGGCAAGAGCAACAACGUGAUAGGUCUGGCGUUUGUGGGAGGCAUGUGCCAGUGCCGCUUCAGCUGCAGCAUCAUCCAGGCGGAGAACUUCCAGGCGGCCCUGGAGGCGGCGCACGAGAUGGGGCACAAUCUGGGCAUGGAUCACGACGGAACCGGAAACAGAUGUAACCCGAGCCGCUUCAUCAUGUCACCCAGCGUAGGCGCAGGAAGGACCAGCUGGUCUGCCUGCUCGAGACAAUACCUCGACGACUUUCUCAAGAGCCGAACGUCGUCCUGCCUGGCGUCGAAGACCAGUCACCCAGUUGAGAAGUUGAGCGAAGACCCGCUCCCUGGCCAGGUGUUUCCGGCGGACGACCAGUGCAAGCUGGCGCUGGGAACAAAGUACAUCGCGUACACUUCGUCCAAGAGCCCCUUCAAUGACGUGUGCCAGGAACUGUGGUGCCAGGCAGGGCAGUGGGCUAGUUUGGCGCACCCCGCUCUGGAUGGCACAACCUGUGCCGCUGGAAAGUACUGCCGCGAGGGCUCGUGCGUGGUCGCAGCUCAAGAUGGCGGCAGCGCGGCUACGUUGAAAACGGCCACUCGAACCACUAAGACUACCAAGACGACCCCAGUGCCGAGGCGACGCAACCCUGGCCUCUUCCCCGACAUCACGAACAUUUGGGACCGCUGGUUCCGUCAAGGGAUUUCUAGGUGGUUCUGAGCGGAAGCGUUGCGCUUGCGACUUCUCACGCCACGUGCUAAUGUGCGUAUCUGUUGACAGUUUCCGCGCCAUUUAAGGCGUGAAUAGCGACGUGUGUAUCACAGAAGCCCAUUGCUACGAGGCAACUUUGUAGUGUAGCAUAUGGAUAGCGAAAUUGCGUGCGUAUAUGGAUAGCGAAUCAACAACGGCAUUCUCUAUAUGUCGAUUUCUAAAGUAUCACGUUCAGCUCACGCCGAUUGAAGCCACGCAGCGCACACAAUUCCCCGUCGUUCGGCACAGCUCCAGGCGCCACGUCUCGCAAAGGUUCGAACGAGCCGUUAAGCAGAGCAUCUGUAGCGGCAGUGCAAGUGGCUAACAUGUAAGCCGAUGCUUCAUACGCGCGUUGUCGUCCCCAUUGCCUACAGCGGCGCGAGCGCUUGCGUGGAAGACGACUGCCAUCUUCCUCUCCCGCCCGAGCCCUCUCCCACAGCUGUCACUCUGGGGAAGGGCAGCGAGAAAGCAGGAGAGUCUGUCCUUCCCGGGCACUUCACCACAGCAUGUAAACCUAUCGGACGUCACAGAGCUCUCGCGCGACCGCAUGUGCGUCUCAACGAACUCGGCCGCACGACAUUACGCGCCCUUCGCAUGGGCGGUGAAAUUUCAACCACGAAAACGGGCCAACGAAAGGUAUUUGCUUUAAAACAUAGCACAUGUGGGCUGGAUGCGCGGCACGCUUAUACGCUUUUACACCUUAUUGUUCGACAGGCUAGUAAGCACAAUCUUCAUUAAGGAGCACCUUGAAAAACGCGUUUGUUUAAAGCUUAUUUUACAUGCAAACGCAGAGCAACCACGCGGCUUCACAUACUUGACGAGAAGAGGUGAUGCUACCCAAUUGUGCAUCACCGUGCUUCCGAAUUUCUUGCUCUCGAUGUUUCGAGCGACGUACAUUUCUAAACGAAUAAAUUUGAUGUGUUAAAGACUUCGUGCGCGCAUUGCAAUGAAAUUAGCUUUAAGAAAAUUCAAUUAAAAGCAUGCCAUUAACAUGUACAGCGCAUAACAAAAGGAAGUGGCAGUGUGCCGCCACUUCUAGCUAGUUUGGGCCACGAAAUGACGGCCUGCCGAACCUGGUGGCAAGUAGUGGCUAAAAUUGGGCAGUUGUCGCCAACCUGCAGUGCUUGCAGGUUGUAUACUGCGGUCGGUUAUCGCCUGCGUUACCUCCCCCCCCCCCCUCAUCCUCACGUCCCGCCGCGGUAGCUUAGCGGCUACGCCGUUGCGUUGCUCAGCUCGAGGUCGUGGGUUCGAUUCCGUCGCGAAGGCCGCAUUCCGACGGGGGCGCAAUGCAAGAACGCUCGUGUACUGUACAGUGGGUGCACGUUAAAGCACCACGUUUGGUCAAAAUUAGUCAAAAAAAGAGAAAAAAUUGUAAUAAUAGUCUUACAUGCCUGGCUUUGUGCGGCCAAGCACAAGGUCACGGGAUCAAAUCCUGGUCGCAGCGGCCGCAUUUCGACGGGAGCGAAAUGCAAAAAAAAAAAAAAAGAAAAACCCAAAAACGUGUGCCGUGCAUUGAGUGUUCGUUAAAGAAUCCCAGGUAGUCAAAAUCAAUCCGGAGUCUCCCGCUACGGCGUGCCUCAUAAUCGUGUCGUGGUUUUGGCACGUAAAAGUCCAGAAUCGAAUUCAUCAAUUUAAAUGCCUGGCUAUACGUUUCAGAGGCACAGCCCAGCUGCCCAUGCUGCGCAUGCUUUCUAGGUAGCGUAUGUAAUCUAUCAAAACUAUGCAAGUCACCUAGCGCCACCGGGGGUGUUCAGGACCGUGCGCCAUGUGACACUGGCCGACCCCUUGUGGCGGGGAUUGUGGUGGCGAUGCUCUCCUGGUGAUGUGAAACGUAUGAGUGCCAUAUGCAGAUAACGAAACAGAACUCUACUGCUAGAGCAUACGCAUAUAAUUGCGAAAUGAUGUCUUCCGAUCGUGUAGGCCUCUUGGGCUUUUUCCGCAGCGUUGUGACAAUUAUGCAAUAAAGAAUGUGCACGAGUGAA